AUGGGUUUCACUGAACCAAGGUACACCUGGAAGAGAGGUAGAGAGGAAAGAUUUUUUGUUGCGAAAAGACUGGAUAGAGUCUUUUGUAAUGCUCAUGCCAGAUUACGAUGGCAGGAAGCUACAUUGAGACACUUGCCGUUUCUAUCCUCCGAUCACGCGCCAUUGUAUGUUCAACUGGAACCACAAACCGUUGGAGAUCCGAGACGACGACCCUUCCACUUUGAAGCAGCCUGGCUGAAGCAUGCUGGCUUUAAGGAGUUAUUGGCAAGCUCUUGGGACGGCUCGUUAACCACCCCAAUGGCCUUGGAGAAGCUGAGGGUUCGGCUCAGGAAAUGGAACAAGGAGCUGUUCGGAGACAUACGCAUACGAAAGGAGAAGCUACUCCAGGAAAUACAGACAGUCCAAGGUCGAUUGGAGGUGAUGCAGACGGAUGAUCUUCUACUUCAAGAAUCGGGACUACUGCAGGAGUUGGAUAUGAUUCUUGAACAAGAAGAGGUACUCUGGUUCCAAAAAUCUCGUGAGAAGUGGGUUUCUCUCGGAGACAGAAACACGAGGUACUAUCAUACCACGACGGUCGUUAGAAUACGGAGAAAUCGGAUUGAGACACUGAGAGAUGAUGAAGGAGCGUGGAUCACGCAGCCGAGAGAUUUGGAGAGACUAGCAGCGGAGUACUACAGACGCUUGUAUUCCCUUGAUGAUGUUGAUCCUAUUGUGCCUCGUCUCAAUCCCCUUGGUUUCACUCAGUUGACAGGGGAAGAACUACGCGGAUUGAAUAAACCUUUCUUGCAGGAGGAAGUGGAGACAGCAAUACGAAGUAUGGGAAAGUAUAAGGCGCCGGGACCAGAUGGUUUCCAACCAAUAUUCUACCACGAGAGCUGGGAUGUCGUGGGAGACUCAGUGUCCCGGUUUGUGCUUGACUUCUUCAGAACAUGGAGCUUCCCAGCUGGUACAAAUGAUGCGAUUGUUGUGCUUAUUGCCAAGGUACUGAAACCAGAGAAGAUCACACACUUUAGACCAAUAAGCUUGUGUAAUGUCUUGUUCAAGACUAUCACCAAGACAAUGGUGAUGAGACUUAAGCGAGUCAUGCCAAAUCUCAUUGGUCCAGCUCAAGCGAGCUUUAUCCCGGGGAGAUUGAGCACGAACAACAUUGUUUUAGUACAAGAGGCGGUACACUCCAUGCGGCGGAAGAAAGGAAGGAAGGGUUGGAUGUUACUUAAGCUAGACUUGGAGAAGGCGUAUGAUCGCAUCCGAUGGGACUUCUUGGAGGAUACGCUUCAGGCAGCACGGCUCCCAGCGAGUUGGAUACAAUGGAUAAUGCAGUGCGUCUCAGGCCCUGACAUGACUAUCUUGUGGAAUGGUGAGAAAACAGAGGCAUUUACACCAAAGAGAGGCUUAAGACAAGGUGACCCUCUAUCCCCGUAUCUGUUUGUCCUAUGUCUCGAACGUCUGUGUCACCUAGUGGAAGAGGCUAUUGCUGCAAAGAGAUGGAAACCCAUCCGAUUAUCUCGUGGGGGUCCAGAGCUGUCUCAUGUUUGUUUUGCAGACGAUUUGAUACUAUUCGCGGAAGCUUCAGUGGCACAAGUACGAGUCAUCCGUGGUGUCCUUGAAAAGUUUUAA